UGAGCUCCUCCACCUCCACACAGAGACACCCUCACAAUCCCUAGGGAGACUUUUUUUUUUCUUUAAAUCCCAACGGCAGGUGGCCCGUGACUGGUUGGAGAGAGGGAAGAGAGGAGAAUGAAUGAAGAGGGACCAGAGAAAAAGAGGAUGAGAAAGGGAGAGCAGCGAAACCGAAGAGGUAACACACGCACAGCGGGAGGCCGUUGCUCCGCUCGGUUUUGAACUGAAAAGAAAAAAGGGACUUAAAGGAGCCAAAAGGUGCUUAGACUUGACCUCCCCCUUUUUCCCUGUUGUGGGCACCUUCUUUUUGUCUGAGCACAAGCAGGCCACGGUUGGACUCUGAAUACACAAGUCACGCCUUUUUCAUCCCGUCUUCCCUAAAAUCUUCAGCCACCAUCUAGUACCAACGACAGCCUGUUGCCAUGGAUAAGACUUACUCACUAACCGCCCACUACGAUGAGUUCCAGGAAAUAAAAUAUGGUGGUCGCUAUAGCAGUGAGAUCCUCAGCAAUGGCAUGACCCUACACCUGGGUGGGAGCCUGGACCGCCAUAUGGGGCGUGGGCGGGGAGGGGGUGGGUCAAGUGGGCGGAACCGAGAUCUAAGCGGCACCAACAGCGGCGGCGGCGGCCUUCCUCGCUGGAGCCGGAGGGAGAUCUGCCUCCUGUCGGCGCUAGUCUUCGCAGCGGGGAUGUGCGUCAUCCUGGGCAGCAUGCUGGCACUCAAGUACAUUUCCCUGGAGGCCCAGCAGGACCCGCACUGCCGGCAGGACUGCCAGCGCAAGCGCUCCCUGCUGCGGGCGGCGCGCUUCGUCCAGGCCAACAUCGACCCCACCAUCCAGCCCUGCCAGGACUUCUACUCCUUCGCCUGUGGUGGGUGGCUGCGACGCCACGGCAUCCCCGAGGACAAGCUCAGCUAUGGCAUCAUCACCGCCAUAGGGGAGCACAACGAGGAGAAACUGCGGCGCCUCCUGCUGGAGCCCAUACGGAGGCGUGGACCCGACUCGGCCGAGCGCAAGGUCAAGGAGUUCUACAGAUCCUGCGUCAACAUCCAGGAGAUCGACAAGCUGGGCUCCGACCCCAUGACCGAGGUGAUCGACAGCUGCGGGGGCUGGGACCUGGUGGGGGCUCCUCCUGGCGGGGCUGGCUGGGAGACCGAGGGCGCCCCCCAGAGGCCGGACUUCAACGAGCUGCUGUACAGGACCCAGGGCGUGUACAGCACCGCCGUGUUCUUCUCCCUCACUGUCAACGUGGACGACAAGAACUCCUCCAGGAACGCCAUCAGGAUUGACCAGGAGGGGCUCACUCUACCAGAAAGAAGCCUUUACCUGGGGCAGGACGAGGACAGUGUCAAGAUCUUGGCGGCCUACAAGGCUUUGAUGGAGCGCUUGCUGAGCAUGCUGGGAGCUCACAAUGCCACGCAGAAGUCCAAGGAGAUUUUACAGCUGGAGACCCGCCUGGCCAAUAUCACUGUGUCAGAGUAUGAUGACCAAAGAAAGGACAUCAGCACCAUGUAUAACCGCAUCACGCUCAGACAGCUACAGCGCAUUGCUCCCAGUCUUCACUGGAAACGCUUGCUGGACAGAAUCUUCCACGACACUUUCUCAGAAGAUGAGGAGAUAGUAGUGCUGGCCACCGAUUACAUACAGAAAGUGUCCGAUAUCAUCAAGACGACUUCGAAGAGGGUCCUUCAUAACUACAUGCUGUGGCGCAUCGUGGCGGCGCUCAGCGAGCAUCUGUCCACCGCCUUCCGCAGCACCAUCCAUGAGUUUUCUCGAGAGAUCGACGGCACCGAGCGGCAGCUGGAGCUGGGCAGGCUCUGCCUCACCCAGGCCAACAAACACUUUGGCAUGGCUCUGGGCGCCCUGUUCGUCCAGCAGCACUUCUCCUCACAGAGCAAGGCCAAGGUACAGGAGCUGGUGGAGGACAUAAAGCAUUCCCUGGACAUCCGGCUGCAGGAGUUGGACUGGAUGGACGACGCUACCAAGGAGGCUGCCAGAGCCAAGCUGCAGCACAUGAUGGUGAUGACAGGCUAUCCAGAUUUCCUGCUCAAACCUGAGCUCAUAGAUCAAGAGUACGGGUUUGACGUGGAUGAGAAGACCUACUUCAAGAACAUCCUCAACAGCAUCGAGUUCAACAUCAAGCUGUCCGUCAAGAAGAUCCACAAAGAGGUGGACAAGACGGCGUGGCUUCUUCCCCCUCAGGCCCUUAAUGCCUACUACCUCCCUAACAAGAACCAAAUGGUCUUUCCCGCCGGCAUCCUUCAGCCCACUCUCUACGACCCUGAAUUCCCACAGUCUCUGAACUACGGGGGAAUAGGAGCUAUCAUCGGUCAUGAGCUGACACAUGGAUAUGAUGACUGGGGGGGCCAGUACGACCGCCAUGGCAAUCUCAAACAGUGGUGGACGGAAGACUCCUACAGAAAGUUCCAGAAGAAGGCCGAGUGCAUCGUCAAGCUCUAUGAUAACUUCACUGUGUAUAACCAGAGGGUGAAUGGGCGUCUGACGCUGGGUGAGAACAUAGCGGACAUGGGAGGGCUAAAGCUGUCCUACUACGCGUAUCAGAAGUGGGUAAGGGAACAUGGUCCGGAGAGGCCCCUGCCUGGGCUCAAAUACACUCAUGAACAGCUCCUCUUCAUUGCCUUCGCACAGAACUGGUGUAUGAAGAGAAGAUCUCAGUCCAUCUACCUGCAGUUGCUAACUGACAAGCAUGCACCUGAACAUUACAGAGUGAUCGGCAGCGUUUCCCAGUUCGACGAGUUUGGCCGUGUGUUUCACUGUCCAAAGGGUUCUCCCAUGCACCCUGUCAACAAAUGCUCCGUAUGGUGACCUCUCCACUAUGCCUGGUGACCCGGGGAUGACCUUUGACACCUUCACAGCCAUGACCUGACCUGCAUCUCAUCCUUUAUAAUUCACAGCUCAUGGCACACAGUACACAGCCCUCCUUUCUUGCCUGUCAAGGAGUGAGAGGCAUCAGACAUAAUCAGAGAUAUAUGAGUAAACAGUUGUCCACUGGUAACCCAAUCUACCAAGUUAAAUCAUGGUACACAUAACUAUUUAUCAUGUAUAUAUUAUUUGAUUAUAUAUAUUUUUCUAUGUUUAGAUUUACAGUUAUUUUCAAAUCAUCUAUUUUUGUAUUUUAGCAGAUGUAUCAUUAUGCAUAAGUUUCAUAUGCUAUUUGUUUCUGAACUGAACAUGUUUUCUCGGUAGUUUCUCUUUUGCAUAGCAUAAACUAGAAAACUGUUUUCAAGGUAUAGAAUAGGGAUUUGGAGUAGGAAGACAAAGCGAGCAGCUCUGGAGUAAGCAUUACAAGAGACAGUAGGGGCUUGGGGGUUGAGCGAUUUUACAUCCUGAAGUGAAAUGGACAAGGACCAAUUUAAAAUGAACUGGAAUCGGUUGCACCCUUCUGCCUGCCAAUAUUUUGGUGUACUUUUUUUUUCUAUUUGGGAAUGGAUUUCUUGAUGCAAUGCUGCCCUCUUGUGGCUAACGAGGAGAAAUGGUCACUGUUGAAACCUCAUGAAGUCUCAUUUGCCUGCAUCAGCCUCUUGUUACUGUGAGUGUUUGUAUGGUUUUUAAGAUGUCGAUUUUUGUAAGAGGUGAACUCAUGGUGAUGUUUUUCUCAGGAUUUGUAGCAAAGUGCGGCGUCUAAAGGAGAAUGGUAUCUACAGUAUGUGGCUGUCUGUAUGUACGUUCAUCUCUGAUGAGGUAACUGGUAUAAAAAAGCGACGCUGGACUUUUUUGAAAAAGCCUGUGCGGAUCCCACUCCACAGUUUGUUUCAAUUCUAAUGUGUCUGGCAUGAAGAGAAAUGUUUUACCUCCAUGGAAUUUACGCCAUGAUCAAUAACCUGGACCCUAUUGGACAACUUGAUUUAAGAGCUCUUUCUAUUGGAAGUCAAAGAACCACAGCAAUUGGAUUACUUAAACCCCAGCGUUUCCUGAUGAACUCUGAAUAACCUUAACACAGACCAGGAGUAAAGUGAAAUGGAGAGCAAGGUCACAUUGUAUAUUCAGUCAUUCAUCAAAAAAACAAAAAACAAAAAACAGAAACCAACACUAUGUACAUAAUAAUGUGCAAAUAUGGUAGAUGGAAAACCAUACAUUUGUACACAGCACUAUUGAAAAAUUUUACUUUUGUAUAAAGAAUCUACAGGUACAAAGCGUCUUUGUACAGCUGAAAAGUAUAUUAGAUGUUAUGGUUGUACAGUUUGUUUUAAUGAGAGUGCAUGUUCCCCACCCCGAGGUUCAAAACUGGCUGGCACAAAACUCAGAUUCACAAAUUCUGAAGACACAUAAACACACACAGACGUCUGGCGACCCAGCUGCUAAUUCACACGUGGCUGCUACUUCCUCCUCCUUGUUGGUGUCCGUUCAAUGUUUUGAAUAAAUCCAUGGGAUCACAUUUACUUUUCUGCAGCA